CAGACUGUAAUCAAAGUAUCAACCAGGUUGUGACUAUAACUUGACCUGACUGAGGAAGAAUCUGCUUCUAAGUCUGUCAUGUAGUGGUUGCCAAGAUUAGUCCUUUUCAGGUUGUUGGACUGGGUUGUUAGGUCCUGGGCUCCAGAUGAGAACCGUCACCCUGAAUUGCACCUCCAUUUUAUCCUGGCUCCUCCUAAAGAAUCCACGAGGGAGAAAUUGCUUCUGAUGAAAUUACUAGAGAGAUCUCAACAUAUGGGCUGAUGAAUAGCUCAAGGACAGAUCAAAGGAGAGAACAACCAGCACCUUCCUUAGGAAGCUGUGCAUGACAGAAAUUCCAAAAUGUUCCUUCUGUUUCUGCUGGGCUCUGCCUUCCUCAUCUGCCCCUGUUGGGCUAAGUUUCAAGACUCUGUAAAAGGUACUGCAACAGUGUGCCACAAAUGUAGAAGAUAUCAUCUUGGAUUGUGCUAUAGCACCAUGACGUCCUGCGUCCUGAAGUAUAAGCAAUUCUGUGCUACUGAGAACUUUUAUGUACUCACAAAAAGUGGGAAGAGUAUGUAUCAUUAUUCAAGACUGUCCUGUAUGACCUUCUGUGAGGACAUCAACUUCAUGAAUUUUAAAAGGAGGACGGAGAUUAUCUGUUGCCAACACAGUAACUAUUGCAACCUCCCUGAGGGCCUCUAGUUCUACACUGCUCCUGGAUUUGAGAGGCCUACUGCAGUUCCUGGUCUGGAUUCCCAUGAUCCUUUUCUCUAUUAUGCCACAUGAAAUUCUUAAGUGAACUACCUCUCUACUAGAAAAGUUUACCCUCUGUUUUUGUCUGUGCUGGAGAAUGCAUCUUUUCUGAAGAAUUUUCAAGUUGAAUUUUACAGAGUCAGAAUGAAAAAAGACAUGAAGACAACUUUCUUGAAACAGGCAAUCAGAUUGUAAAAGCCAGUGUAGCAUAGUAUUUUGUUUAAGGUGUGGGGUUUUGAUGUAUGUGGGCCCUCUUACCCUUUGAAUCAUGGGGAUGGCAGAGGUCAGUCUAGGGGGAUAGAAGAGGUGGAGGGGAAGAGGGGAGAGAGAAUGAGAAGGG